CGGCGGCGGCGGCGAGGGCUCGGCGGGCCAUUGGCUACCGGCAGCGGCAAAGGCAGCUUGGGGACUAGAAGAGCGAGUGAGACCCGCGGGCCUGGCCGGGGACAACCUAGGCUGCGGCCAUGGAGGACCAGAGGGAGGCUCUGCGGAAGAUCAUCACGACACUGGCUGUGAAAAAUGAAGAGAUUCAGAGUUUCAUUUACUCCCUCAAGCAGAUGCUGUUGAACGUGGAGGCAAACUCGGCCAAGGUGCAGGAGGACCUGGAAGCCGAGUUCCAGUCGCUCUUCUCCCUCCUGGAGGAGCUGAAGGAGGGCAUGCUCAUGAAGAUAAAGCAGGACCGUGCCAGCCGCGCCUACGAGCUGCAGAACCAGCUGGCUGCCUGCACGCGAGCUCUGGAGAGCUCUGAGGAGCUUCUGGAGACGGCUAACCAGACCCUGCAGGCCACAGACCGCGAGGACUUUCCUCAGGCUGCCAAGCAAAUCAAAGAUGGUGUGACAAUGGCCCCCGCCUUCCGGCUGUCAUUGAAAGCCAAGGUCAGCGACAACAUGAGUCACCUCAUGGUGGACUUUGCACAGGAGCGGAGGAUGCUACAGGCACUCACGUUCCUGCCUGUGCCUAGCGCCCCUGUGAUCGACCUGGCCGAGUCCCUGGUGGCCGACAACUGUGUAACCUUGGUGUGGCGCAUGCCAGACGAGGACAACAAGAUUGACCACUACGUGCUGGAGUAUCGGCGGACCAACUUUGAGGGCCCGCCCCGCCUCAAGGAGGACCAGCCCUGGAUGGUCAUCGAGGGCAUCCAGCAGACAGAAUACACCCUGACCGGUCUCAAGUUUGACAUGAAAUACAUGAAUUUCCGUGUGAAGGCCUGUAAUAAGGCAGUUUCAGGCGAGUUCUCUGAGCCAGUGACCCUGGAGACACCAGCGUUCAUGUUCCGCCUGGAUGCAUCCACAUCCCACCAGAACCUGCGGGUGGAUGAUCUCUCCGUGGAGUGGGACGCCAUGGGCGGGAAGGUGCAGGAUAUCAAAGCUCGCGAGAAAGAUGGCAAGGGGCGGACGGCGUCUCCCGUCAACUCCCCAGCCAGAGGUACUCCAUCUCCCAAGAGGAUGCCCUCGGGUCGUGGGGGACGGGAUCGCUUCACAGCUGAGUCCUACACGGUGCUGGGGGACACGCUGAUUGACGGCGGGGAGCAUUACUGGGAGGUGCGCUACGAGCCGGACAGCAAGGCUUUUGGCUUGGGGGUGGCCUACCGCAGCCUGGGCCGCUUCGAGCAGCUGGGCAAGACAGCCGCGUCCUGGUGCCUGUACGUCAACAACUGGCUGCAGGUCAGCUUCACUGCCAAGCACGCCAACAAGGCCAAGGUGCUGGACACCCCCGUGCCCGACUGCCUGGGCGUGCACUGCGACUUCCACCAAGGCCUCCUGUCCUUCUACAACGCCCGCACCAAACAGCUGCUGCACACCUUCAAGGCCAAGUUCACACAGCCACUGCUGCCGGCUUUCACGGUGUGGUGUGGCAGCUUCCACGUGACGGCAGGCCUACAGGUCCCCAGCUCUGUGCGCUGCCUGCAGAAGCGGGGCAGUGCUACCAGCAGCUCCAAUACCAGCCUCACCUAGGCCACGGGACGGCCCCUCAGCCGGGCUGAUUUCGGGGGGACGCCUCCAGGCCUCGGCAGUUUCGGCUGGGCACCCUCCUCUCACUUGCUGCUUGGAGCCUUAACUCCUGAUGGGGGUCACCAAUGGGGAGCGGGCAUGGGGGCGGGCCCU